AUCCGUUCACAGUGUCGCUGUUUGUAACCAACUAUUUUCUGUCCUUCUUCCUUCAUCUGUGUCUUAAUUCUUCUAAUUCCACCUCUCAAUUUCAGAGCAUCAAUGGACAGCGAAACGGAGGAGUCGCUGAAGAAGAGGCAAAAGAAGAAUCCCUUUGCCGGGGACUCUUCUCGCAAGCAACUUGAACUGAUUGCGAUGCGUCCAUUCCAGCUAAUGGGAGAAGUGAGCUUUUUGCAAGAGGAAGAUAUUCGGUUGGAGACCACACGAGCUAGAUUUGCAAAUAUCAUCAAGAGGCAUGCCGAAUUGGCAGAGCGUCUUUCCAGGGAUUCUGAUAAGAUGAUAUUUGAGCGUCUACAGAAGGAAUUUGAAGCUGCACGAGCAUCUCAAACUCAAGAGGUUUAUUUGGAUGGUGAAGAUUGGAAUGAUGGGCUAUUAGCUACAAUAAGAGAGAGGGUUCACAUGGAGGCUGACAGAAAGGCAAUGACAGGGGAUUUGAAUGUGCUAGGUCAUAACUCUGAGGAUAAAAUUACAUAUAGAGCUGGAAAUAAGGUGAUUUGUUGUUUAGAAGGGGCAAGAAUUGGCAUUCAAUAUGAGACAUCUUUUGCAGGAGAACCUUGUGAACUGUAUCAUUGUGUGCUUGAGAGCAAGUCCUUUCUUGAAAAGAUGACUGUCCUUGAACACACAAUUCCUUUCUUUCUGCCAAUUCGAGAAGCAGAAAAUGAUCUUCUUUCUUCCAAUGCUAUGAGAUUUAUAGAUUAUGUCGGAGAACUACUGCAGGCUUAUGUUGAUAGAAGGGAACAGGUUCGGCUUAUUAAGGAGUUGUAUGGAAAUCAAAUUGGAGAGCUGUACCAUAGCCUUCCAUACCAUAUGAUAGAAUUCGUAUUAGAUGAUUUUGAUUGCAAGGUAACAGUCAGUCUUAGAUAUGCAGAUCUGAUCUGUGUACUGCCAACUAGAGUCAGAGUGUUCACAUGGCCAACAAAGAAAAAUGGAGCAGUGGGAAGUCUCCCAAGUCCAGCUCGCUUAUCAUAUGCAGAGGAUGCUUUACGAACAAUGAGUUUACCUGAAGCUUAUGCAGAGAUUGUACUGAAUCUGCCUCAAGCCAUUCGGCAAAUAUUUCAGGAUACGAGCUCAACUUGAUGCUGCUUUAUUUUUGCAGCAAACGUUCAAUGUACAAAGCUCUUAGCACAAUAGGAUGUAGUAGCAUACAACAAUUACCCAGCACACAAGAUCCCCUUUGUUAAUUAUGACUCUUAUUAGUGAGUUGUAAAUUGGUAUGCCAUAUGCAAGAUUGUAAACAAACUUGGUUUAUCAGAUUGCAGAGCAGUAUGAUUUAUUCUUCGCAUA